CGACACGAAUUUACGACACUUGCCGACACUGGUCAGUACGUUUGCGGCAGUCUUUGGUCACACGUGUUGUCAUCACAUGUACGUUCCUCGGAGUAAAUAGCUGCAACAAGCCGGUUGAUUUUAAGAGUGAUCUGCUUUAACUGAUUUGAAGAAAAAUGUCCUUCAGAGGAGGAGGUGGACGAGGUGGCGGAAGAGGUGGCGGAUUUAACCGAGGUGGAGGAGGCAGAGGUGGUGGAGGAUUUGGACGAGGUGGUGGAGGAUUUGGACGGGGUGGUGGCAGAGGUGGUUUUAAUAGGCAACAAGACUACGGUCCUCCAGAACAUGUUGUCGCGUUGGGAGAGUUCAUGCAUCCAUGUGAAGAUGACAUUGUGUGUAAGUGUACAACAGAGGAAAACAAAGUUCCCUAUUUCAACGCCCCAGUGUACUUGGAAAACAAAGAGCAGAUUGGGAAGGUGGAUGAGAUAUUCGGCCAACUCCGUGACUUUUAUUUUUCAGUUAAACUUUCAGAAAAUAUGAAGGCAUCUUCAUUUAAGAAGCUUCAGAAGUUUUAUAUAGAUCCAAUGAAGCUCCUCCCACUGCAGAGAUUCCUCCCUAGGCCGCCAGGAGAGAAGGGUCCACCAAGAGGAGGACGGGGUGGAGGAAGAGGUGGUGGUCGUGGAGGCGGUUUCCGUGGUGGCAGGGGUGGAGGCGGCCGUGGAGGAGGAUUUGGAGGCGGGCGCGGUGGAGGUUUCAGAGGUGGACGCGGAGGAGGCUUCAGGGGAAGAGGAGGCGGUGGGGGACGUGGAUUCAGAGGUGGGAACUGAUGGUCUGGUGUCAUGGUCCCAUUCCAGAGCUCUGCCACACAAACAAAAAGGCUGCGUUAUAUAUAGGUGACUGGCCUGUUGGACUCCGAAUAUGGACUUUGCUCUCUUUGCAGAACUUGAGUGGAUUUUUUUAUUUCAGUUUUAUUUUAUUUUUACCCAUUUUGAAUGUGUGAUGAAUCUUUGUGGUUUUUAUUUAAAAGGUUCAUGUGUAUGAUUGAGUGUAAGAUAGCAAGGACUUUCUCAGCCUGUUAGGGAGGAUUUUUGGGUCCCUUUGUGAACAGGCAUGUCAUUAUCCUGUGCUGAUUGUCUUUAAAUGGUAGGCCAUGACAAAUGUUUGUAGAAAAAUGUGUGGGGAAAUCAGACUUCAGAUGCUGUCAGUUGAAAACAAUUUAUUACCCAUAAUCUGUAAAAUCUUAAGCAAAAUAUUGUCAUAUUUUUGUUAAAGGCCUUGAUUAAACAGUGCUUUGUAA